GGAUUGACUUACCCCCCACUGGCCCGGACACAAUCACGCCAGUGAUUAUGGAAUGAAACGAGAAGGCGGCUGGAUAUGGGCCGGCGUUGACAACCGCUUCAACUUCCUCGGCUGGCGGCUCAGUUCGGACAUGACGCGGAGUCAUCCGAGGACUCGGGGCGGAAGUGUCCUCGGGCGAGGAGGUGAUGACGCGCUAAAGCUGCUUCCUACAACAUGAUGAUGUCUCCUCUUGCUUUGUGUCAGGAUGAGUUCCAUCCGUUCAUCGAGGCUCUGCUGCCACAGGUCCGCGCCUUCGCCUACACGUGGUUCAACCUCCAGGCCAGGAAGAGGAAGUACUUCAAGAAGCAUGAGAAGCGGAUGACCAAAGAAGAAGAAAGGGCAGUCAAAGAAGAACUCCUCGGGGAGAAGGCAGAGGUGAAACAGAAAUGGGCCAGUCGUCUCCUGGCCAAGCUGAGGAAGGACAUCAGACCUGAAUGCAGAGAAGAUUUUGUCCUGUCCAUCACCGGCAAGAAAGCUGCAUGCUGCGUCCUCUCUAACCCGGACCAAAAAGGCAAAAUGAGACGCAUCGACUGCCUCAGACAAGCCGAUAAGGUGUGGAGGCUGGACUUGGUGAUGGUGAUCCUGUUUAAAGGAAUCCCUUUGGAAAGCACAGACGGAGAGCGUCUGGUGAAGGGAGUCCAGUGCUCCAACCCGAUCCUCUGUGUGCAGCCAAGACAUAUCUCGGUCUCCGUCAAGGAGCUGGACCUCUACUUGGCCUACUACGUGCAUGACAGAGACGUGGAGAAGAGCAGCAGUCCUGGUCCAACAGGAGUAUCUUCUGAUCAAGAGGACAGUCGCACUGCCACCAUGGAUGGUCCAGAGUUCCAGGACACUUUUGUGACCUCUGGAGUUUUCAGUGUCACAGAGCUGGUUCAGGUGUCCAGAACUCCUGUUGUCUCAGGAGUCGGGCCAAGUUUCUCCAUGGGGGAGCUGCAAGGCCACUUGGCCUACGACCUCAACCAGUCUGUCCCCACACCUGUCAGCGUGCGCCGUACGCUGGCCAGCACCUCAUCUAGCGGGAGUAAGCGCCAUAAGUCUGGCUCCAUGGAGGACGAGGUGGCCAGCCCAGGAGGCGAAUAUUACCAUUCACCCUCAUCUCCUGCCAGCAGCUCCAGAAACUGGACAGACGACAUGGAAGGAGGUGUGUCUCCUCCGGUGAAGAAGGCAGAGCUGGACAGUCCUUCAGCACAGGAGGACUCUCCCAGACUGGGCUCCUUCACUCAGCACCAUCGUCCCGUCAUUGCCGUGCACAGUGGUCUGUCACGUCCUCACCCAUCACCAUCACUCCAUUUCCCGUCCUCCUCCUACUUUCCCCACGGAGCCAUCAGAUACCCUCCUCACCUUGGUCAGGAUCCCCUCAAGGACCUGGUGUCACUGGCUUGCGACCCCGCCAAUCAGAGUGCCGCCUCGCUGAACGGCGGAAACCAAAUGAAAGUGUCCAGCCAUUACAUAUCUUCUCACAUGUUGGCCCCAUCCCUGGGCCCGGCCCCCUCACCUCUGCCCAGGACCCUGUCUGCAGACUCCAAGACCCCCAGCACCUCCUCCGAAGGCGGCCCAAACUCCCCCACGUCGCCCACUUACUCUGCCCCCGGGACGCCGCCCACCAGUCGCCCCUCCUUUGUUGGAGUCACUCCUCGAGACCCUGGUGGACUCUACCAAGCCCAGUCUUGGUAUCUGGGCAACUGAAUGAGUUGUGUUGUGUUAAACAAUACACAACGAAGGACGCCUGCACAGUGACAUACUACACAGUAGUGAUUAUAUACGAGCAUGGGCCGCACCAGCAGUGAGCCACAUUGAAUCUAAACGGCUCUCAACAUGGAUCCUGUGCUUGGCCGGCGUGAGAGGCGGACCUUCCCCAGGAUGGACGUCCAACCUUAAACUCCACCCUCCUGCAGGUGCUGCUUAUUAUAUAUGCAAAUAAGCCUUGCUUUUUUUUUUCCACCCCCAGUGACUCCUAAUGAGAGAAAAUCUUUUCAUCAAAUGUUUCUCUGCACUUUUUCUUUUGGAAGAAAGUGAGGAGCGGAAAAUAUUCUGCUUCCUCCUGAGAGGACGGGAAAGGUUGUUGGUUUGGACUGACAAUCAUCAUCAGGCUGAAAGCAUUAGGUUGCUCUUAAAGACUUUCAUUUUUGUAACGCAAAGACAAUAUACACACAAACACACCAGUGCAGGCCACGCCCACUUCAACACCAUGCAUGAAAGUAUUUAAAGCGACGGCCAAAGGAAAGUGAAGAUGUCGAGGAGCUCUCUGGCAUCUUGGAUGUCUUGUUUGACACCUCUUCUUGGAGUCUGACCUGGAAGGUGGAGAAAUGAUUCAGAAAGAGGCUGAGCUAAGAAAAGCGGAAUGCCUUUUUUAAAAAUUCAGCAAUGGUGGCUGUGUUGUUAAGACUUGUAUUUUGCACGAUACGUCCUAAACCACAGUAUGUGCCUUGCCUUUAGUUCAACAAGAAGAGGAGUACAUUGUGGAAAAGUAAAGAAGCUUUUCAUGGUACUGCUUCAAGAAAAGAAAAAAAAAAGCGGCAUGCGUGAUUGCUUGAUGCUAACUAGCCUAGCAGGUACUCAUUUUUAAGUUGGCAGCAUCUUAAGGCUCAUUUAUACUUAGGAAAAUAGAUGUGUCCAUUUAAAACAAUGUAAACAUCACUGCUCUUGCAAAGGGCGCCCCCCCCAUCCAAAUUUGAUGCAAAUAGAGUAAAUAUAUUGAUGAUCAUCAGCAUGAAGAUCAACAUCAGAAGAAGCAUUGAACACCUCAAGGCAUGUCCUUGGUUAGUUGUUUUCAUUGCUAUUACCAAUUAUAGAAAAUGCACACAAACGCCACUUUUAGUAACUUCAACACCGCCCCCCAUGGUUUCCACCAGUACUGCAAUGUUUAGAGUAUGCCUGUAUGUUUCGAGAAAACUAACGGCGCUAAGUGAGUUAACACUAUCAUUGAUACUUGAUCAAAUGUACACUCUAAGUUAUAGCCACAAUAACCUCGACCAUCAUGCAGAUUGUCCUUGGAGACGAGUGAUUGUAAUGUACACUCCAAACAGCAGGGGGCACUGGCAAGCAAAGCAAUAGUGAUGGGAAGUCUUUAUUAUUUACAUUGGACUUGAGUCAUAAGCAAAUUACAAUUUGGAUGACUUUGGACUCGACUUGACAAUAUCAUCAAAGACUCAAAUUGGACUUGACGUCAUGACUUGGGACUUGAAUCGGACUACAGUCCGAUGACUUGAAAAUAAUUGAUUUUCAAUAAUCUAUUCAGGCCCUAUUCAGCUAACAUGGUCCUUAUUAUAACAUCAUUUCCUUUUCAAACUGCCUCAUUGAAUGCAUCUAUUUGUGUCCAGUCAGGUUUAAGAACAAACAACAAAUGUGUGGAUUACUUUUUUGUUCACUGAUUCAAACCAGAAUGCUAUGUCAGCAUUCUUUUUUGGUGACUAAGUCUCGUCACACUGGACCUAUUUUAUUUAAACUACAAAACAAUUCAAAAUGUAUUUAUCAUAUUGUCAAAUUUACUUGUUACAUGACCAUGACUUGGGACUUGACUUGUCCUGACUUGAGUCUUGUCUUGAGAUUAAAGACUUGAGACUUGCCAAACACUUGAGACUUACUCCCACCUCUGACUUUUACUGACUCGUGUCACUUAAAAGUCACUCGUCACAAAGUGCAGAAGCUCGCACAUGUGCAACAAGUUGGGCAGUUCGGUGAGCGCCUAAGAGUCAGUGGAAAUCCAGUUUUGUUGAGCAACUGACUCUUUCAUGACUUCCACAUCUCUAGCAAGCAAGCAAAGCAUGCUGCUGCAAGUGCUGCUAGCGAAUUCAGUUCACAUUCAAUGAUGGCGUCAACCUCUGCUCUGAUUGGCCAUUGUCAUCCAGCCUUAUUUAGCCCAGAUGAUUGUUUGAAACAUUGCAUGUAGAAUGAAUGAAAGGUAAACACAAGUGUGUGUCUAAAAGGACAAUAUAUUUAACGUUACGUUUGACUGGUGGCCAAGCCACAGAGCAGUUGGAAUGAUGAUGAUGAUGGUGAUGAUGAUGGUGGUGGCGGUGGGCUGUGGUACAUCCACUUUAAAUCAUACUCCCGGCAGGAGGCUAAACUUGAUGCUUUUUGCAUAUGCACUACAGAAAAAAGGGACAACUUUGAUAAAUUGGAUGAAGACACGUCAUAGACAGCACAAUAAGAGACCAAAGUCACUUAGAAUAAUACUUCUAAUAAUACGCCAAAUAAAUAUAACAUAGCAUAAUAUUGAUUGUCCAUUGAAAAUGGUCAUUGUUUCCCUCAAAGGGCUUUUUGUCCCCUAAACCAAAGUUGAUUGUUCCCAGUGCUUUGAAUAUUUUUCUUUGUUUUUUCUUUUCUUGUUCCUAUUGCUUUGAAUGUUGUUGUUUUUCUUGUCGUGUGUAUCCACUAUGAUGAUAAUGCAGCCUCUUUAGCUUCUCCUACUAAACCGAGACCGCUUCCUGCUUUGAUCCUUUACUAAAUAUGUCUUUUAAAAGGCUGUUAAAAGUGUGCAUUUGCUGGAUGGAAGUGGACUGGUUCCAAAAAAGGAGUGCCAAUGUGACGUAGAUUGAAUGAAUAGCUUUACGAGAACUGUAUCCUAUUACCACAUAAGUACUGUACUUUAUUGGUACUUCUGUUAUUACAUCCAUUACAAUGUAAAGUAGCAUUUUAACAAACUCACAUUCGAUUACGAUGAAAUUGGAACAAUUUGAAAAAUGAAUGAUCAUGGAUGCGUAGCUGAUGUCAUGUUGUCCUGCUUUUGGGCAGCUCAACAGCGCCUCUGCUGGCAGCAGUCAAGUAAUGCCCUCCCAAGUAUGUAAUCAGUGCAACACAUUCAGGCCACAUGCAACACUUUCCUGGUAUAAAUCUGGCUCCAUACAAAAACAGGAACCCCCCCCCUCCCAAAAAUGAAUUUUUAAUGUAUGGCUCUUGAGUUCAGCAUUGUGAGAUUUCCUCAUAAAAAUGACUUUUUAAUGUGUGUUGCCCAAAAACAUCUUUAUGUUUCCUAUUUUCAUGUAGUAGUUUGUGUUUUUCCAGGCACACUCACCAUCUGAUGACAACUUUGCUUCUGCACAGCUUUAAAGACACUUUUCAUACGUUCUGUUUGAAGGCUUAUUUCUUUUCAGAUGUCAUAGUAAAGGACCGCCACGCUUGCUUCCUAAUAUGAUCAAAUCAUGGUUUAAUGCAUGAAGCCACAGUCCUUUUCACACGCUCGGCCCUGCUAAAGCUGUGGAAAAGCAACAAUGUGUGCAUGCCAACACAAGACAAGGCUAGCAGAGCCACGUGUACAAAUAAAAAGUGGUCGAAGGUGCUGAGGGUGAAAAGGGCUGCAGCUUAGCAGCUUUUUGAAAAUGAGCAAACGUCAAUAAUCAACCUUUAUUUGCAUGAUGUGUAAGAACAGGAAUUGAUGUCAUGGCCUCACAUGUCUUGGAUUUCCUGUUGUCGUCUGAUAUGUCAUUAAAACAUAUAUACACAUUCAUUCAGUCAUUGCUGACAAGUAUGAUUCCCUAUGCAAAAAUAAAUAAACCAUAACAAGCUAUAUCACAAGCUGUGUUCUUUGGUCU